AUGUCUUCGCAUGUGCCUAAGAAAAUUUCCAUCAGUGGAAAGAAAAAGCAACAACAAAAGUACCAGAAUACAAAGGCAUUUAAACCAAACAAAAACUCAAAGAAAUCAAAAUACAUAAAUGCAUUGCCUAUAAACGGAGUGUGUAGAGAGAUAAUUGAAUGGAGAAAGCAAUUCAAAAAGUAUAAACCGCUCACUACACCCAAGAAAUGUGUUGGAUGUUUAGAGAAAACUGUAAAAGAAGCAUAUCAUAUACUCUGCAACAAGUGUGCGAGUACAAAGGGUGUUUGUGCCAAAUGCCAAGAGACAAUGGACAUUAAAUCUGA